AUUGGGUCUGACGGAGUCAAAUCAUAAUGGGAGGAGGAAGAGCUUCAUCUCCAAUCAACGAGUAACGACUCCUCUAAUUUGGUAGCGUCCCCGUUACGACGCCGUUCUUCCUUUGAUUUUUUCAUUCUCUCUCUCUGCUCGAAAACAUCAUUCUCUCUCUCUUUUCAGUUCUCUUCCUUCUCUCUCUCUCUUCGUUUUCUCUGUAAAAAAUCUUCAACCUUUAGCCUCUCUGAUCGCAUCCAAAACUCCUAAAGGUCUCCGUUGUUACCGUUUCAGAUUCUCGUGGGACUUGCAAUAAAACAAAAAAAAGAAAUCGACUUUGUGUUUCAGACAAUUCGAUGGGAAGCUGUGUCUCUAAGGGAAAAGAAGACGAUGAUUCAAUCCACAACGUUGAUUUUUCCGGUGGCAACGUUCAUCUCAUCACUACUAAAGAAAGCUGGGAUGAGAAGCUAGCCGAAGCUGGCCGUGAUGGCAAAAUUGUGAUUGCAAACUUCAGCGCGACUUGGUGUGGGCCUUGUAAGGUCGUGGCACCGUUUUACAUCGAGCUUUCUGAGAAACAUCCUUCUAUCAUGUUCCUUCUUGUAGAUGUUGAUGAACUCAGCGAUUUUAGCUCAUCAUGGGACAUAAAGGCAACACCAACCUUCUUCUUUCUUAAAAACGGUCAGCAAAUAGGCAAGCUUGUUGGUGCUAACAAGCCUGAGCUACAGAAGAAGGUUACUUCCAUCCUUGACUCUGUACCUGAGAGUCCACAACGGCCUUGAAAAGUAAAUAGGCACCCUUGUGUUCCCUUCUUCUCGGUGGAGAAGUGUUUGGAAAAAGUCUUUGUGUUCUGAUCAAUGGAUGUAAAAUAUGCGAAAGAUGUCAUGAAUCUUACCUCAGUAUUAUAUUUUUGAAACGUCUC